AUGUCCAUUCUUUGUGCUUCUGGCGUUCGCCGUGUCGGCAGCUCUCUAAGUGGUUCCUCCAGACCAAAUCCUGCCGGGACUCUCAUCCACAAGGACCAGAAGGGCAAAAUUCUGGGCAGAAAGAAGAUAUAUCCUAACCUCGAGAUUGUGGUUGGUCGCGAUAAAAAUCGCUGUCAAUAUGUGCUCGACGAUCCCUACAUUUCAAAACGGCACCUCAGAAUCUACACCGUAGUGUACGAAAAUGAUGAGCCCUACGAAAUUGACACCUUGGUUUAUGCAGAAGACCUGUCCCAGAAUGGCACAUAUUGGAAUGGGUCACUCAUAGGAAAGGGUAAUGGAGGCUUCCUUCUGAGUGACAAAGAUGUUUUGCGAUUGAGUGGUCAAACACACAUCAUCUUCACAGCCGUUCCCGGCGAUGCAAUGAAUGAGGCUUUCGACUACACACAAGAGACCGAGAUGGCGAAAUUCCGCAAAGACUAUGUUCUCACAGACAGGCUCCUGGGCGCGGGUGCCUUUGGCCGAGUAUACAUGGCGGUCGAACAAAUGGCUCGACGCCAGGUUGCAUGCAAGGUCGUCGACCUGCGAAAACUCGUACCGCGAUCGCAACGCCAAUUCGGACGGCCAGAGAACCCCGCUGCGGCCGACGAGGUCGAUAGCAGAGUCCAAAUGCGUAAGAUUAAAGCAUGGGCCAACCAGCAGAAGAGGGACAACGCCUUGGAGAGAAAAUUACGCGCCUAUUAUCGUGAGGUGGAAAUCCUUGGUUCAAUCAGUCAUCCGAACAUUGUAGGGAUCGAGAAGGUGUACAUCACAGACAAUACAAUAUACAUCAUGCAAGAUCUCGUCACAGCCGGUGACUUAUUUUCCUAUAUUGAAUCAAAGAAUGGAAAACUGCUCGAAGUCGAGGCGGCCGUCAUCAUUCGACAAAUUCUGGUGGCCUUACGUUUUCUUCACAACAAGAACAUCGUACAUCGAGAUAUCAAACCCGAUAAUGUUCUCAUGACGAGCCUGGCCGCGGGAUGCCGAGUGGUUUUGACAGAUUUUGGUGCAGCUCGAAGAAUCGAGAGCAAGCUGCACCGGAUGUCGUCGAUUAUAGGCACCCGCGAAUAUGCAGCGCCCGAGAUAUUGGGAUAUGCACAAAGUAACCCGAAGCCGGAAAUACCCGGCUAUACUCGAGCCGUGGAUAUGUGGGCCGUGGGCUGUGUCUCAGUCGUGUUACUCACGGGAGGCCUGGCUUUCUGCGACCCUCUCACAAACACCUAUUCGGAAAAACUGGCCCGAGAUUGCAAUCUGCAAUUUCUUCGCGAGUCAAAGGAAUGGCAAGCGGUUAGACAACGUCCAAGGGAGUUCGUUGAGAAUCUUUUGGUGCUCGAAGAGGACGCACGAAUGACAGCUGAAGAAGCUCUCGACCAUUCUUGGUUCUCUAACGAAACGCACAAGAACGAUUUCGAGGACUUGUAUCAACGAACAAUCAGACACUGGCAACCACGGACUCCAAAGUCACAAGUGAUUGAAUUUCAGGACAAGGGGUCUUUUAGGAACAUGGUGCGCUCACUAGGUCUCCGAGAUUCGGCCAAGCGCAGCAACCGCAAGUCACAUUCUCCGAUCGAGCCGCCUUAUAAGCCAUUUCCAAAAAACAUGCAUCAUGAGCUAUCGCCGAAGAGAGAUCCAACCAAACGACUUUCCGAAGAGGUAUUAUCUGCAGUUGAGAAAUGGUCACCACAGUCCGCGGAGGCGUUACGUAUACGAGUGAAACGCUUAUCAUCGGGAUCCCCACUCUCGGCAUCACAGUCUGCAGGCACAGGAACGACAGGAAUUUCCAAGAACCCCAGAGCUACUUCAGAGCCUCCCGAAAAUAGACUUCUAAUUCAAUCACAGCGAGAGCUGACCGAUGCCGACCCGAGAAGCUCUCCGAAAGCUGCCUUCAGUAAGGAGGACAGGGGAUUCACGCCAACUCGUUCUGGUAUUGACUGGGCGUCGUCAAGGACGCCUACUACGAAGCAUCGCGGAGCUGUUUUGGGUGGACGUUCAAGACUUCCCUUGUCUGGAAUAUCGGCUUCGCCAGGACGCUCUACCACGGAUAACUUUCCUGGCUUUGGUGGAGUUGGCGCAGAUGACAUCGUGCCUGACUCUCCCACAACAAAACCUCUUCGUAAUAUCGAGAACUUGAAUCACCGCUCAAGCCUUCCUGAGAGUAACGACGACCAGCCAGGUCCGACGUUCAAUAACGUCGGAACGCCACGCAGACAAGGUAAGCUCAAGCGACGAGUGUCUACACCAUUGACAACGCCAAAGGUCAAGAGGAAGAAGCGUCAUGAAUCGAUUUUCGAGCUAGCCGAGGACGAUGGCGAUAGCGAUGAUCAUGUUAGCAGUCCUCUCCGCUCGCAGAGACUUCCGCUCGUUCACCGCCCGAAGAAGAGCAACGCACCAUCGCCGGGAGCUGAGACCAAACCUCCCCCGCCGCCACCGCCAGCAAAGCUCUAUCUUCCACGGUAA